AUGGUUUUGAUGCAAGGGAAGGACGAGUCCUUUCGCGAGUACGUAACCCGCUGCAAGAAAGUCAAGGCCAGGAUAUCAAACUUGAACGACGAGGUUGCCCUAGCAGCCCUCCGACAUGGCUUAUGGUACACGUCAAAAUUUCGGGAGGAGCUCACUGUCCGGCAGCCUCCCUCGCUUGACAACGCUCUUCAUAGGUCAAUAAACUUUGCUAGAGCCAAAGAGGAACGAGCUGCCAUGGCCAAACACCAUAAGUCAGCGAAAACUCCCUUCAACCACUCUAAGAAACCCUUCCGGAGAGAUCCGCUCGAAUCCGGACUCCAUGCUUUUGCGGUGGACUCUGUGUCCAGACCCAAAAAUCUGAACUUCGAUCCCGAAAAGUUUUGCAAGUAUCACAAGAUACGGGGUCACUCGACCGAGGAAUGCAGAACUACAGGACGCCUCCUCGCAAGAAAACACGAAGCAAGGGAGCUUGGCAAAAUCGACCUUGAAAAAGAGGGAGAGAAAGCUAGGGAAGCAAACGCAAACGCCAAAGAUGUCGUUGCGAAACGAGAAAGAACUGAUGAUGCUGAGGGAUCAUCACCCCCUCCGGCCCCAAAGAACCGUAUUGAUCUCGUCUUCCAAGCGUACCAACGCAGGGUCGAGAGUUACCACCGGGAAAGAAAGCCACACUCUGAGCCCGACUAUGAAAUUACUUUCUGGGAGAGCGGAACCGCCGAUCUAGACAAGCCACACGACCGUGCUCUGAUCGUCAGGCUAGACGUUGGAGGGUGCGAGCUGUCUCGCAUAAUGAUAGACACCGGAAGCUCAGUCGACCUCUUGUUCUACGACGCCUUUAAACGAAUGGGAUAUCCGGAUUCCGAACUUAAAGGAGGCAAAACCCCGCCCAUGGGAUUUGCCGGAAACAUGAAUCUGGCCAAGGGCACAGCCCAGUUAAUCGUAGUCGACGACCGCCCCGCUCCUUUCAACGCCAUCCUCGGCAGACCAUGGCUCUACGGGAUGAAGGCCGUCCCGUCCACCUACCAUCAAUGCAUGAAAUUCCCAACCCGAGGCGGAAUCGCGACAAUCUAUGGAAGCCAACGCACCUCCAGACAAUGUUAUAGGGGCGAGUACGACUUAAUCAAAAAGUCCAAUCAAUAG